AUAGAUAGUGCUAAAUGUCCUCUAGCUAGAUAUAACUCUGUGACUGAUUUAAUGAUGUGAUGUAUUUGUAAUUAUAUGAAUAUACACAAUUCUGGUUUCCAAGUCAACAAAUCAGAAGAGGAAAGAUUAACACAGGCAAUAGCACCCCCCAACCCCAGAAGCCUUUUUGAAAUACUUUAGCCUCCUAAUGGCUAAUGGCACAAUCUUCAUGCCAUCCCUACUUUCACUGAUUGGGAUACCUGGCCUGGAAGCUGUGCAGUGCUGGAUUGGAAUUCCAUUCUGUGCCAUGUAUGUUAUUGCCAUGGUUGGAAAUUACCUGCUCCUGUUCAUCAUCCGAUCUGAGAGCAGCCUCCACAAGCCCAUGUACCUCCUCCUGGCCAUGCUGGGGAUCACUGACAUUGCCCUCAGCACUUGCAUCCUGCCCAAGAUGCUGGGCAUCUUCUGGUUUAAUCUGAAGGAGAUCCACUUUGAGGCCUGUCUGCUGCAGAUGUGGCUCAUUCACACAUUCCAGUGCAUAGAGUCAGGCAUCUUAUUGGCCAUGGCCCUGGACAGAUAUGUGGCCAUCUGUGAGCCCCUGAGGCACACUACUAUUUUCACCCCACAACUCCUCACCCAGAUUGGGGUUGUGGUGACAUUAAGGGCUGCUCUCCUGGUGGCCCCAUGCCUUGUGCUUAUCAAAUGCCGCCUGAAACACUACCGAACCACAGUCAUCUCCCACACCUAUUGUGAGCACAUGGCCAUUGUGAAGCUAGCUGCUGAUGACAUCCGGGUCAACAAGGCCUGUGGUUUGUUUGUGGCCUUUACCAUCCUAGGCUUUGACAUCAUCUUCAUUACUCUGUCCUACAUUCUGAUCUUCAUUGCCGUGUUCCGCCUGCCCCAGAAAGAGGCUCGGCUCAAAGCCUUCAACACUUCCAUUGCUCACAUCUUUGUUUUUCUUGAAUUCUAUCUCCUUGCUUUCUUCUCUUUUUUCACUCAUAGGUUUGGGUUCCAUCCCCCCUAUGUCCACAUCCUUCUCUCUAACCUUUAUCUGUUAGUCCCACCUCUUCUCAACCCCAUUGUCUAUGGAGUAAAGACCAAGGAAAUUAGGAAUCGAAUGGCCAAAAUGAUUCACCUUUAGAAUCAGUUAUGAUCUCUGGAACUUUUUGAACAUCCUAAAACAUUGUUGAUAAAUAGCUGACUUCUCAAUUAAGUCCUGAAAUACAAAACCUUUCUCUCAUUUUGUCAGAUUAUCACAAUACAGAUUGGUGAGUAUAACAAUCUCCACAUUA